AUGGACAACGGGUCCUGCUGCCUCCUCCGGGGGGACCCCAUGGCGCAGGUGAUGCCCCCGUUGCUGAUCCUGUUCUUCGUGAUCGGCGCCCUGGGCAACGGCCUCGCCCUGUGCGGCUUCUGCUUUUCCAUGAAGACCUGGAAGCCGAGCACCAUCUACCUGUUCAACCUGGCGGUGGCCGACUUCCUGCUCAUGGUCUGCCUGCCCUUUCGGACGGACUACUACCGCAGGGACAGACGCUGGGCCUCCGGGGACGUCCCGUGCCGGCUGGUGCUGUUCAUGCUGGCCAUGAACAGGGCCGGGAGCAUCGUCUUCCUCACCGUGGUGGCCGCCGACCGCUACUUCAAGGUGGUCCACCCCCACCACGCGGUGAACGGCAUCUCCAACCGGACCGCGGCGGGCGUCGUCUGCGGGCUCUGGGCCGCGGUCAUCCUGGGGACGCUGCACCUGCUGACCGAGAGCCACCUGUGCGCGCAGGGCGCCACCGUCUCCUGCGAGAGCUUCAUCAUGGAGUCCGCCAACGGCUGGCACGACAUCCUGUUCCAGCUGGAGUUCUUCCUGCCCCUGGGCGUCAUCCUGUUCUGCUCGGUCCGGGUGGUCUGCAGCCUGCGGCGCGGGCGGCUGGCCAGGCAGGCGCGCAUGAGGCGGGCCACGCGCUUCAUCACGGUGGUGGCCGCCGUCUUCAUCACCUGCUACUUGCCCAGCGUGUCCGCCAGGCUCUAUUUCCUGUGCACCGUCCCCUCGAGCGUCUGCGACCCCUCCGUCCACCUGGCCCUGCACGUGACCCUCAGCCUCACCUACAUGAACAGCAUGCUGGACCCCCUGGUCUACUACUUCUCAAGUCCCUCCUUCCCCAAAUUCUACACCAAGCUCAAAAUCCGCAGCUCGAGACCCGGGCGUCCGGGGCGGCCCGAGACCCCGAGGCCGGAGGAGAUGCCCAUCGCAGAUCUCUGUCGCAAGAGCUGCGCCAGCCUGGCCAAGAGCUAG